CCGGAAGACGAAAGUGUCGAAAGUGUCGCAGCUGAACGAAAGCCGCUUUUUGUGCCUAAUCGUAACACACCUCCUUUUAUUCAGUUAUAAUGCUUCUCAUUCUGAUUAAUUUCUUAAUGUAAAUAUUUGCAUUUUAGCUCAAUACCUUCCAGGUCAUGUGACCUAAUGACUUGAAAUGAGUGCAGGACCAUAGUACUACGCUGCCUAAUCCGGACACCCCUCGUUUUAUUCUAUUUGAAUACUUCUCAUAUGUAUAUUUUUGAAUGUAAAUAUUAGCAUUUAAACGGUAAUUUGUUGGUGGUCCCUAGUUAAGAGCGAUGACAUUGAACAAGCCGUAGUCGUGCAGCUAUCCCUGGGUGGAAACGGAGGAGGGUGCCGCUCGAUCUGGAGCGAAUGUCCGUUGAGUAUCCAACCUUAAACUAAUGUCACCGCGGUCCUGAAACUACUGGUGCCUACAACUACUGCCUCCGACAUUGCAGGCGGCUCCUUCUCGUGGCGUUAGCGCUUUGUAGUUAAUGCUGCUGAAGAAUAAUAAUAAUCCGGACGUAUCGUAACGAGUGAGUCGGAGGUUUCCGCCCCGGAGUGUGCGUCCUGCCUCGUGUUUUAGAUUUAAAGUCCAUGCAAACAUCGCAGCAGUUGAACACAGUAAAGUGCUGCUGCUCAUCGUAGGCUGAUCAGUCAUCAUGGGCAAUGGAAUGAACAAGGUUGUCGAUGGGCUUUACCUUGGGAAUAUAAGAGAUGCAGAAAACAGAGGAAGCCUGUCUAAGAACGGCAUCACCCACAUCCUGUCGGUGUACAACAAUGCUAGGCCUGUCUUUGAGGACAUGACGUAUCUUUGUAUUCAUGCAGCCGAUGCCUCCAGCCAGAACCUAUCACAGCAUUUUAAAGAAUGUAUCAGCUUCAUCCAUGAAUGUCGCCUAAAUGGUGGAUCUUGCCUCGUUCACUGCCUGGCAGGUGUGUCUCGCAGCACCACCAUGGUGGUGGCCUACCUGAUGACUGUGACGCCGUACAGCUGGGAGGAGUGCUUGUCUGCCAUAAAGGCUGUUCGCUCCUUCGUCGGCCCAAACGAUGGCUUCCAACAGCAGCUGCAGGAGUUCCAGGAGACACAAGUCUCAGAGUACCGAGCUUGGUUACGCUCCACUUUCCGCCCCGGUCCGUUUCAUGACGCGGAGCAGGUGGCUGCUCUGCUGACCCAGUACACGGAGCAGCAGACGAGCCAGAGGAGAGGAGCAGAGCAGCGCUGGAUAAAUCGAGAAGUAGAUGUCUGUACUCUGCCGUCUGACCCGGACGAUUUUGAAGGCAGCAGCUGAGACAUGUGGGCUCCGGCCACCAUGCCAGAGUCCUGCCAAAAUCUGUCUGGAAUAACGGCAGCAGCUAUUACUGUGUCGUCAAAUCCAAAUCAACCUCUUGAGUGAUAUCACUAAGUUUAAGGCCUUUUAAAUAACACUGAAAGCAUAGAAAGAAACAUAUACUCAUGUAUAAGCUAAGCCUAUUUCCUUUCCUCCUACAUUACUCACUUUUAGGCCACGGGGGUUGAUUUAGAUAUUGACCCACAGACUUGUGUUCACUACCAGUACCUCCCAUGCUCUUUGAACAGAGUAUAGUUACAACAGUAAAGAUACAACAGGGGUUUCAGUGCUCACAGACGCCUUACUUUAAUCACCUCAGCACCUUAGCCAUGAUGAAUACACUAUACUUCCAUGUGAUCACUUUAAUGUUCAGCUAGUUGUAGCCUUUAAUAUUUCACUCAAUACUAUCUUGAAGAAACAUUUUGCCAUAAUAAGAUUUAUGAUUUAUAAUUAGAUUUAUGAAGUCAACUUGAUUUCCAGACACAGAACAUAUACAUAUAUAUGUAUAUGUGUAUGUAUAUAUAUAUACAUAUAUGUAU